AUGCCUCGAUUUCCAAUGGGAACGGGAGUGGAUGCAGAGGCGGACGGCCCGUCUAAGCAGGCCGAAUCAGAGAAGACGUCUCUCCCGGUCGUCACCAAAGUGAAGAACCGUCGGAAGCGCUAUCUCGACUUGCAUCCGGAGUAUUUCUCUGCUGAUCUUGAGCUAGCUGACCCGCUCCUCUACGAUCGCCUGAUCCGUCGGUUCCAGACCCCCGCAGAACGGGAGGCGGAAGGGCGGGCCAAGGGAUUCUCUGGUGUUCUACAGGCUGAUCUGUGUCGGUCAGAGGCCAAAUUCGAUGCGCUGGCCCAUCCGGAUCCCCACGCCACGAUGAGCUACACUCGGGGACCCCAUGGGGAGAUCCUUGCCGAAGACCGGGACGAAAUACCCGGUAGUAAGGAAGAGGGCGAGAAGGCAUGGCGCUGGGAGAUGACUAUGCGGUUUUUAAGGGGGGAAGAUGACGAUUUCGAUUACACGGCGGUUGAUGAGAAUGACGAAUAUGAUGACUGGAGCGACGUGCAGGACCAAUACUUUGACGAUGAAGAGCCGGAGUGGGCAGUCGAAGGUGGUGAGGCAGACGUCAGGUCUCGACUACAAGGAGAGACCGGUAUACAGGACUUUUGA